GACAGUGACAGCUGCUUGCAUUGAACAUCAUAGGUUAUGUGUUUAAAUAAUAAUUUAAUCCUAAUAAUUAAAUGAAAAUUACAACAAUUAUAGCAAUAUUUUACAAACACAGUUAUCUUCACAUACGUAAAAUAGACAAACACAAUGAAAGCACUCAUACAGCGGGUUAAAAAUGCUAAAGUGACCGUAAAUGAUGAAGUAAUAAGCAGUAUAGAGCAAGGAGCAUGUGUAUUAAUUGGGAUAUGCAGUAGUGAUACCAUAAAAGACAUGGAGUAUAUAGUGCGAAAGCUGUUAAGUAUAAGGUUAUUUGAUGAUGAAAAUCAUAAACGAUGGCAGAAAAGUAUUGUAGAUAAGCAAUUUGAAAUACUAUGUGUCAGUCAAUUCACUCUAUACAAUACAUGGAAGGGUAACAAGCCUGAUUUUCACAAGGCAAUGGCUGCUGACAGAUCAAAGGAGUUCUACGAGCAAUUCAUUCAAAUGCUAAGAGAAAAAUACAAGCCAGAUAAAGUUAAAGAUGGUGUAUUUGGUGCGUACAUGCAAGUAUCAAUACAAAAUGACGGUCCCGUUACAUUGGAGAUAGAAUCACCAUCUAAUACACAAAAUAAAACUCCCAAUUCUCUCACAGAUGGCGUUGUAAUUAAAGACUAGCAUUUUAAUAUGUAAUUUUAUUUUGUACUAAUUGAAUUAAAAAAAAAU